GCCCAUAUUGCCAACUGUGCAGCAGCCAUUUUAAAAGCGACCUCUAGCGAUAAAAAGCAAGAAAUCAAGGCCUGGGAGCAGGAAAUUGUCCCCUGUCCACACGCUUUCGACAUCGAACAAAGCCCACUUGCAGAACUCGAUACGAGCCAGUGCGCUCAGUGUGGAUUGAAGGAAAAUCUAUGGAUUUGUGUCACGUGUGGGUCUAUCGGGUGUGGUCGGGCGCAAUUCGGCGGCGUUGCUGGAAACUCCCACGCAUUGAAGCAUCAUGAAUCCUUUCCAGAUCACCACAUUGCGGUCAAACUUGGGUCUUUAUCGCUAAACUCUGCCGAUUCGUAUUGCUACACUUGCAAUGAUGAGGUCAAAGUACCGGACCUUGUCAGGCUUCUUGCUACUUUUGGCAUCGACAUUUCUCAGACCGUCAAGACAGAAAAAACACUUACAGAGCUACAACUUGAGCAGAAUAUCAAAUGGGAUUUCAACAUGUCCAACGAGAGUGGAGAUGUGCUUACUCCUGUGUUUGGAAAAGGUCUCACAGGUAUCAAGAAUUUGGGGAACUCUUGUUAUCUCUCGUCUGUAUUGCAAGUGCUAUUUUCCGUUCGUGACUUUUCGUCAGCCUUUUAUAUAGAGGAGGGAAUGCCCGUGGAAAAGAUUCUCAAUCCGGGUGAUCCAUCCAGGGACUUGGAAACUCAGCUAUUCAAACUAGGAGACGGGCUGCUCUCAGGCAGAUACUCGAUCCCGGAUGAGCUGACGACUGAAAAGGUCAAGUUUCAGCGAGGAAUCAAGCCACAGGGGUUCAAGACGCUGAUUGGUGAAGGCCAUAUGGAAUUCUGCACCAUGCAACAACAGGAUGCGUUUGAGUUCCUGCUUUAUUUAUUGGACAAAAUCGAAGACCAGAAAUUGAACGGAGUCUCUUCCACAAGUCCUACUCAGGCAUUUGAUUUUGUCUUAGAGAACAAGAUUAAAUGUCAUGGAUGUGGCGGCGUGAGACUCGCCAAGGAGCUUACCAACAACAUUCGUUUGCCUGUACAGGACAAGGUUUUACGUGUUGGUGAUGACGGGAAGAAGGUGUAUAGUGAAGUGCGCUUGGAAGACUGUCUUUUGGAACUUGGCACAUCCGAAACGAUUGAGUACCAGUGUCCAAGGUGCCAAAAAUUACAGUCGGGCUCCAAAAAGCAAGGACUCACCUCGUUUCCCAAAUAUCUGAUUUUGUCUCCUCAAAGAAUAAAACUGGAGAACUGGGUGCCUAUCAAAUUAGAUGUCCCUAUCAAGUUUGAGGAGGUUAUAGACCUCUCAAAAUAUAAAUCAACUGGCCUUCAAACAGACGAAGAACUGCUUCCCGAAGAUGAGGUUUCCUCCUCGUAUUCCUUCAACCAGGACGCAAUGAAUGCUCUGUUGGCCAUGGGCUUCCCUGAGAACAGGUGCAAGAGAGCUCUUUAUACCACAGGAAACAGAGAUGCAGACACAGCAAUGAACUGGUUGUUUGAACACAUGGAGGAUCCAGACAUCGACGAUCCUUUCGAGCCUGCUCCAGCACCCGGUCCAAAGGUUUCGGAGCAAGAGGUGGAAUCGCUCACGUCCAUGGGAUUCGACGCAAAACUGGCAAAGAAAGCCUUGUUGUUGAGCAAAGGCAACAUCGAACAGGCUGUUGAGUGGCUUUUUGCCAAUCCCGACGACGAUGGUGAUAUCAGUCAGGACGUUGCUAGUUCGCCACAGGAACGAAUUAAACAAAUGGAGUCCAGUGCUUCACAUAGCACAAAGUAUAUUCUAAAAGGUAUCAUCUGUCACAAGGGAGUCACGAUUCACUCUGGCCACUAUGUUGCCUUUUUGAAGAAACAAAUAGAAGGUCAGGAAAACUGGGUGCUAUUUAAUGACGAAAAGGUUGUUCUUGCCAAUGAGGAGAGCAUCAAGGAGAUAGAGAAAACGGGUUACAUCUACGUGUUUGAGAACUCGGAACUUUGAACACGCGCGAUUUGGAAGGUGACAUUGAACUUCAAGCAAGUUUGUGCAUGGGUAGCAUUUCUCUAUUUAAUAAUCAAUGUAUAGCAUAAGCAAAAACUCGUCGAUACAUUGCAAUGAAGACGUUAUUUCUUGAGCUCCUUCAGUUUGACUUCUAGUUUCGCAACCUUGGUCUUCAGCUCUACAUUCUGUUUUCUCAAAAGUCCAAUCUCAAUAUCCUUCUCCUUUGAUUUGCCGUAGCUCAGCAUCUUGGCCAUUUCCUCGUUCUCCUCGGUCAGCAUCUGCAUCUUGGUAAUGAUCUUGUGUGCAAUCUCCUCCUCGUCGUACCUCCCAGUCUUGGUGAUCGACUGGUUUGGGUUCAAUGCAACAGCAGUCAAAACGACUUCCAGUCUAAGCUUCGUUUCCUCCAGCUCCUCUUGGGCAGCUUGGAGCUUCUCUGUGAGCUUUGUAUAUAACUGUUCGUGAUUUUUCGGUAUUUCGAAUGUUUUCCUAUUGUCAUCACUAUCGGAGACCCUCAGAAUUGAGUUCAAUCUCGCAACCUCCUCUUCCAGCUUUUUAAUGAUAGAAUCCUUUAGCUCAAGCUGAAUUUUGUGAUCUUCGAUCUCCGCAACAGACUCCGGAGAGCCUGACUUUUGCGUCUGAGAGCCUCUCUGGUCUAUGUUUCUUUGCUGUUGAAUAUUCAUGUAUGCAGAGGACUGGCUAUUUGAAGGCGCUUUUGAUACAGCAUUGGCCGUCUGAUUGGAAUAGGUGGGCCAGGACAUAUAGAAGUCGUUGCUCGAAGAAUAACUCGACGCUUUGUGAGUUUGCAGAGAUUGAAGAUUGGAUGACGAUUUGGGAAGGUUCAAUUGCAUGAGC